GUACCAGUCAGACCCCUUGUUGUUCCUUAAAUUUAUGUUGUUUUUUUUUUGUUUCUUAGCACAAAAGUGUAAGUUAAUCCCAAAUUCGGUUGGUUUAAGUGUAAAAUCAACACCGAAUAGAACCAAAUGAUUUGUCAAUUUAACCAUUCGGUUUACUUUGCAUAUUGGAGUUUUUUAUUCUUUGGACUUAAGAGGCCCAUUUUAACAAAUCGUAGGCCCAUUAGGUGUCACAAAUCGAAAUGUGUUAAAACUUCUCAGAUUUGAGUUUGUAGGGCUGAUACAAUUGUCGAUGUCGGUAGAUAAAUCGUGUUGAAGAAGAAACCACCGCUUAAAAACAAGGGAUGUUUCGUUUCGAGAAAGCGAUUCCUUCUCGAAAAUGUCGUUACCGGAAUCAACUCCAAAUCCUUCACUUCCAGAUGAUUUAUUAAUUACUUGCUUAUCACGCGUCUCAAAACUGUACUACCCAACUCUUUCCCUAGUCUCCAAGAGCUUUCGAUCUCUCCUUGCUUCACCAGAGCUUUACGAGGCCCGAUCUCUCUUACGCCGCACCGAGAGUUGCCUAUAUGUGUGUUUACGCUUUGACGAUAACCCUCGUUGGUUCACUCUCUGCCGGAAACCUGACCGAACCCUAACUAAGUCAAGUGGCAAUCUUUUGGUCCCAAUCACAUCUCCACAAUCUCAUCCUGCCUACUUGUCAGGUAAGGUCGUUGGUUACAAUAUCUACAACAUUGGCCGAUCCAUCAAGACUUUGGCCUCAUCUAGCGUCUCAUUACUAGACUGUCGGUCUCACACGUGGCGUGAGGCUCCAAGCUUGCAGGUGAAGAUGAAGUACCCUUGUGCUAGUGUCUUUGAUGGAAAGAUUUAUGUAGUAGAAGGUUUUGUAGAGAACGUAUCAGAGUUUUCGAAAUCGAUGGAGGUGUUCGACACCAAAACCCAAAUUUGGGAUCAUGUCCCCAUCCCUUACCAGGACGGUGAUGAAUACUCGGGUUGGCUAACCAAAAGUACAUGUGUUGAAGGAAAGGUGUAUCUGACAAUUGGGAGAAAGGUUCUGGCUUACGAUCCAAAGGAAGGUAGAUGGGACUUGGUGGAACAAGAGAUGGGUGAUGGUUGGCGAUGGUAUUGUAAUUGUGCAGUAGAGAAUGUUUUGUACUGUUAUAAUGAGGGAGCAUUAAAAUGGUAUGACAAUAAGGUGAGAUUGUGGAAACAAAUCAAGGUUUUGGGAGGACUGCCUGAGUUUGCUAGUUCAAGUCGUGUUAAACUGGCCGAUUAUGGUGGAAAAAUGGCGGUUUUGUGGGACAAGUAUGAGCUUGACAGUGAAGACCAGAUGAUUUGGUGUGCGGUGAUUGCCCUUGAAAGACACAACGAUGGAGAGAUUUGGGGGAAGGUGGAGUGGUGUGACGCGGUGCUUACAGUUCCCCGAUCAACAAUUUUUGAGUAUGCUCUUUCUGUUACUCUUUGAUUAAUGACAACUAGAAAAACUUGAAUGUGGGUUUUAUAUCAUUUUGUUUAUUUUUAUGUGGUGUUUAAAUUAUACCUUUUGUGUGAUGUGAA